UGAUGUCACAGGAUUAACGUCCGCGCGCCUUGCCCCUUCUGGAACUUUCCAUUUUAAAAAAGGGACUGGAGGCCUCCACUACUGGUUUCAUUUUGAGCGAAAAAUUAAAGUUCUUAAUUUCAUAGCCCGCUGUUUUCCUGGAUCACCAGGGAACCCGACCAUGUCUACAUGCCAAGGCUGAAGAAAGUGGACUUCAGGUGCUCAGCACUUAUCCAGACCAAGGCUCCAGUUACCCUUUCGCCUAUGACAAAGUAAAGUUACCGUCUUUCUGAAGCGGAGUGUCAAAGUCCAGGAACACAGAGGAGGAUAUAAGCACAGUUUGGGGCAGAAUCCCUGAAGAACAACCAUCUUCCUUGGCCUUCCUCUUCACAAACUCAUUGUUGACAUGCCAGUUUGUUGGAAUAGUGUCUAUAAGUUGAUCACAGCAACAACCAGCAAUCGGUCUGGGGUGACUCAUACAGGGAGCUGAUUGGUCCACCGUGCUGUCAAUCACCCUCUUCGAGCUCCUGUCUGAAAUACAGCCGUAUAGAUGCGGAACAGGGAGAAGUAGGAGAGCAGGCACACCACAGAGGGGGCUGAGGACUCCUGCCCUUCAUCACCGAGUACAAACUGUUCCCGCCGGGAAGCCCAUUUGGUCAGUUUUGUAGAACCGAACCGGGACGAACCGUGAACAGCUGUGGAAAUGGCGCAGCCAGACAGCAAGAAGAUCUUUUUUGAGAACCUGUCCGGAGCGGGAAAAGCCAUCGCCGUGCUGACCAGCGGAGGGGAUGCUCAAGGAAUGAAUGCUGCUGUCCGUGCGGUGGUCCGCAUGGGACUCUACGUGGGUGCCAAAGUUUAUUUUAUUCAUGAGGGCUAUCAGGGUAUGGUGGAUGGAGGGGAUAACAUUAAGGAGGCCACGUGGGAAAGUGUUUCGAGUAUGCUGCAAGUGGGUGGGACUGUCAUCGGAAGCGCCCGCUGUAAAGAGUUCCGCUCCCACGAGGGCCGCUUAAAGGCAGCUCACAACCUGGUGAAGCGCGGCAUCACCAACCUGUGCGUGAUCGGCGGCGACGGCAGCUUGACGGGAGCCAACCUCUUCAGGGAGGAGUGGAGCGGGCUGCUGAAGGAGCUGGUGGAGCAAGGCCUGAUCGAAGCCAACGCCGUGGAAAAGUACUCAGCCCUCCACAUCGUCGGGAUGGUCGGCUCCAUCGACAACGACUUCUGCGGGACAGACAUGACCAUCGGCACCGACUCGGCUCUGCACAGAAUCAUAGAGGUGGUGGACGCCAUCAUGACCACCGCUCAGAGCCACCAGAGGACGUUUGUGCUGGAAGUUAUGGGCAGACACUGCGGAUACCUGGCGUUAGUGAGCGCUCUGGCCUGCGGGGCAGACUGGGUGCUGAUUCCUGAAAUGCCUCCGGAGGACGGCUGGGAGGAGAAAAUGUGUCAGAAACUCUCAGCGACCCGCUCCAGGGGCACAAGGCUGAACAUUAUCAUAGUUGCAGAGGGAUCUCUUGACAGGCACGGGAAACCUAUAACUUCUGGUUUUGUCAAGGAUCUCGUCGUGAAACAUCUGGGCUUUGACACACGAGUGACGAUCUUGGGGCACGUCCAAAGGGGUGGAACCCCGUCUGCCUUCGACCGCAUCCUGGCCAGCCGCAUGGGGGUGGAAGCUGUCCUGGCACUGCUGGAGACCACGGCCGACACGCCAGCCUGCGUGGUCUCUCUGUGCGGGAACCAGUCGGUGCGUCUGCCCCUGAUGGAGUGCGUACAGAUGACCCAGGAGGUGCAGAAGGCCAUGGACCAGAAACGAUUCGAGGAGGCCGUCAAGCUGCGGGGCAGGAGCUUCGAAAACAACCUGAGGACAUACAAACUGCUGGCUCAUCGUAAGCCGGAGUCGGAGCUGCCGGUUAGCAACUUCAACGUGGCGGUGCUGAACGUCGGCGCCCCCGCCGCCGGCAUGAACGCCGCCGUGCGCUCUGCCGUCAGAGUGGGAAUCUCAGAGGGUCACAAAAUGUUUGCCGUAAACGACGGAUUCGAGGGCUUUUACAAAGGACAGAUUAAGGAGGUGAAAUGGAGUGAUGUUGGAGGAUGGACGGGGCAGGGAGGCUCACUGUUGGGAACCAAAAGAACACUUCCUGCGAAGCACGCAGACAAAAUAGCCGAGCAGAUGCGAAAGUACAAUAUAAACGCUCUGCUGGUCAUUGGAGGAUUCGAGGCGCUCGAAAGUCUGCUGCAGCUGUAUGAGGUUCGCUCCGCCUAUGAGGAGUUUUGCAUCCCGAUGUGUAUGCUGCCCGCCACCAUAAGUAACAAUGUUCCGGGCACGGCUCUGAGCAUCGGGGCAGACACAGCCCUGAAUGCUAUCGUGGAGACAUGCGACCGCAUCAAGCAGUCGGCCAGCGGCACCAAGAGGCGGGUCUUCAUCAUCGAGACCAUGGGGGGCUACUGUGGAUACUUGGCCACCGUGGGGGGCCUGGCGGCUGGAGCCGACGCCGCCUACAUCUACGAGGAGCCGUUUGACAUCAGAGACCUGCAGGCAAACGUGGAGCAUCUGACAGAGAAGAUGAAGACAAGCAUCCAGAGAGGGCUGGUCCUCAGGAACGAGAACUCCAACGACAACUACACCACAGACUUCAUCUACCAGCUGUACUCGGAGGAGGGGAAGGGGGUUUUCGACUGCAGGAAGAACGUGCUGGGACACAUGCAGCAGGGAGGAGCUCCGUCCCCGUUUGAUCGUAACUUUGGGACCAAAAUGUCGGCCAAAGCCAUGCAGUGGCUCUCCAAGAAGCUGCUGGAGACGUACCGACGAGACGAAGGUCGAGUGUUUGCUAACUCUGAGGACUCGUGCUGUCUGCUGGGGAUGCUGGGCCGGACGCUGGUCUUCCAGCCCGUCGUCACGCUCAAGGACCACACCGACUUUGUUCACAGGAUCCCGAAGGAGCAGUGGUGGCUGAAGCUGCGUCCGCUCAUGAAGAUCUUAGCCAAAUACAAAACCAGCUACGACGUGUCCGACUCGGGACAGAUCGAGCACGUCAUCCACACCCGGCCCAAGGAGUCCGACGCCUCCGUGGCCAUGUGAAGUGGGGGUCGGGCGCCGCCGGGACCUGCCCAGCCUGCGUGUGACUCAAGUGUGUGAGGCCUCAUUCUCUGUGAACGCCGUUCAGCCACAAAUCCAUUCCUUCUCCUGCAACUCCUUUCUUCCAGUGUGUCAUCUCCACUUACCAGUGCUGCACGCGCACAUAGCUGUCCCGCUAUGCAUCUGUGUGCCCCCCCCCCGGGUCGUUUUAGUGUUGUCGUUUGAGAUAAAAAUUUGCACUUUCUCUGUCUGGAGUGGCAUAGAGGAGCUCUGCAGACAGAGCUGCACAAGGACGAAGUAGACACUGUCUCUGCAGUCAAAACUAGAGCGUGUGAGACGGACGAGCUCUGCUCGCACACAAAACUAAUAUUUAUCUUUUUAGAUUUGUUUAUUUUGCUUACAAACAUGGUUAUAUUAUAAUUGUACGUUGGCGUUGCUGCUACCGAGUAGCUGUCUGUCUUUGCACCGGAUGUGUGAAACUUUUCCCAUCGAAUAAAGUCCGACUUGAGAAGUGUA